CCUGAUCCCAGAAGUCAAAUUAACGACACUAUUAGUAUCAUGCCUCUAAAAGACCGUGAUCUUCAAAAGCUUAUCGAUGUAAUUAAUAACAAUAUUCAUAAUGCUACACAUGGUAAAGAUAUAUCAAAAGAACAUUAUCAAUUUUUAGUUUACGAAGAGACAGCUGGUAUAGGUAAAACACGAUUAGGGCAAGAAGUUUUUAAUACUUUGCAACAUCACUGGGCACCACCAACUAGAUGGACAAGUAAUGGUUUAGUUCAUAUAAAGUAUUUGCGUCUUGACUUUGGGAAAUAUGAUUUUCAGUUUCGUGAAUUUCGCCAUGAUGCACUCACAGCUAUUCGAAGUUAUUUAUGCCUUAAUGCUGGCCAGUGUCUUUUUUUGUUUAUUCAUAAUGAUGAAUUUCAAAAAAUUUUGAUGAGUCCGCAAUAUAUCUUCAUACAAACAUUUCUCUCAGGAACAGCACCACACAGUGUAAUACGAGCAAAAGAACCCACAUUAUACUCAUGGCAUUUUGCUGAAUGUCCAUUGUUGUCAAUGGCUGCGCUUGUAUUCCAAAUGGAUCAAUUAAAAAUUUCGCAAACAGUACCCACAUUUGCUGUGUAUCCCGACGAAAUGAAAAAACAAUUUACACAGUAUAAUUAUUUAUCAACUUCUCAACAUUCGGAUACUGUUGCAUCAGAUAUUGACAAACAGUAUGCUGUUACAACAUUUGCUGAGGAACGACGAAGUCUUACUUGGGCACUUAUCCGUUAUUAUAUUGGAUCGAUUCCAGUUAUGAAAACAGAUAUUCCUUCACAAGAGUAUCCUGAUGAAACAUUCGAAGUAUUAGAACGCGAUAGGCAUCUUGUUCUUAAGCAUCGUGGUGACAAUAAAUAUGUGGUUCAAAUGCCGCUUAUAUUUCUCUACCUCUAUAAUCAAGUUCUUCACAUGGCUACAAACAUUUUAGAUGAUAUUUUGACUCCGAUGGAUGUUACAAUGGCAGGACUGGGAACGUUUUGUAGCAGAAUUCGAAGCGUUCUGCAACAAUGUUUGGGUAAAAAGGUGCAAUCACUUCGAGAAAUUUAUCGUGGCGCUUAUGGUCAUAAGGAUACCUUAGAGUUACGCAUCAAACUUCAUCUUAGUGAUGUAGACUGGAGGUCUAAUAAUAUAAUCAUUAAUGGUUGGGCAGCACCAUUUGCGGAUUGCUUUCGACAUGAAGUUACUGAAGAUGAAAAUUUUCUGCUUAUUGGUUCCCAACAAAAAUGGAAAGCAAAUAAUAUUUGUAUUGAAGACAUUCUAGCUGAACACAAAAAAAUAUAA